CUUGUUCCGGAAGUCAGAAGUUUCGGAUAAACAACUUCUUGUCGAAGACGUACGUAUUAUAAAAAGAAAAACAACCAAUGCACGUUCUUCUCUAUAUUUUUUAACUUUAAAAGUUAGUUGGGACAAACUUGGAUGCGAACUUGUAUGUAACGUUACAGUUGACCUCUCUUCUCAUAGUUUCUGUAGUGUCUGUGCUUAUUACUAAUGCAUCUUUUCUAUUUGUCUUUUAGCGAUGGAGCGACGGAAAACUUGCACGAAGAAAAAAGUCGCAAGACCUUCCCCUGCAGCAGCAGCAGCGCCGGCGGCGGCCGCCAGCAACGAGGACAGCAGCUUCCUGCGCCACCUGGAGCUGGAGCCGGGCGACGCGCCGCCGGGCCGCGGCGGGGGCCCCGCCUUCAGCACCAAGGGCGGGCGCACGCCCUUCACCACGACGCGCAGGCUGACGCGCCACGCCGGCGGCGGCUUCGGCUUCUCGGGUGGAACGAGUGGAAGCGGGCCUGUCGGCGGAUCGUGCAGGGUUGCGGCCCGGUCAUGCGGCAACACGCUGACGCUCGAGGUGUACCGGCGAGGGCCUCCCAACGGCCUGGUGAGCGGUGGCGGCGGCGGGGGCGGGGGCGUGCACCGCGCGCGGGACGGCGGGCCGUCGGCUGCGGCCGGGGGAGGGGGCGGCCGGGGGCAGCGCGGGUCCGCCGUGGCCCCAUUCGCACCUGGGAUGGCGGGCGCGCUGGCCGCCGCGCGGGCGCCCUCGCGCAGCCGCGCCUCGCGCGGCGCGUCCGUCCCGUCCGCCCUCAGGCUUCCAGGGGCUCUAACAGCGCCGCUCAGAUACUCCCGUCUGCGCCGAGCCGCGGCCGCCGCGCCGUCGCCCGCGCCGCCGCCUCGCUCCUCCACCACGUGUUCCGCCACCACCACGUCGCUGGACCUGAGCAAGCGCCGCCUCCACCUCCCGCAGGUCACCUUCAGCUCCGAGCUACUGCACAAGGAGCAGCACUUCUCGCAGGCCAUGCACUUCGGCGUGGGCCGCUUCCUUCUGCCGAUGGCCGACCGCAAAGAUCUCAUCUCCACCAACGAUCAUCAAACGCUCUUCCAAAACGCUGAGGAGCUGCUCAGGUUAUCAGAGGACAUAUUAGAACAGACUGUGGGAGAAGAAGGGGAACAAAUCGGUCAUUGUCUUGGAAGAACAUACCUAAAAAAGAUAAGUGUUUUGACAAACGCAUAUCGAAGGUACUUCUCAGGCUUGAAGAAAGCUGAUUGUUUAUUAGUGGCCAAAACAAGAAAUACUGAGUUCAUGAGACAUCUUGUAGAGCCCCCAGUGCCAAGAAAACGACCAGACUUGACAGCUUUUCUGCAUAAACCUCUUGAGCAUUACAGAGAUAUUUUGAAACUUCUGCAGACAAUCCUUCACUACACUAAAGUGGCAGAUGAUGAUUACUCAGCUCUCUCCAGAGUGGUACAUGAAUUACAGGUUACAUAUCGUGACGUAAUGGCUGGAGCAGGUUUGAUGGAACCAGAGGCAGAAGGGCGACCACUACUUUCAAUGCAAGAUCUUGAAAGUCGCCUUGUCUUCACACGAUGCAAACCAUUUGUGUUGAACUCUCCAGGAAGGCAAUGGAUUUUUGGUGGAGAUCUGAGUAGGGUGGAAGGUCGAGCAGUGCGGCCUUUUUGGGCCUUAUUAUUCACUGAUUUAUUAUUAUUUGCCAAAGUUAGUCGUGACAGAGUUCUUUUCAUCACAGAAGAACCACUAUCUCUUUUAGCAGUCACACAGGCUUUCUUCAACAUUCGGAAAAGGGCAAAUGAAUUCCGCUUACUUAUGGAUGGAGGACCUGAAGGUACAGACAGUCCUGCUGCAGGAGGUUGCGGCCCUGAAUUACCCUUAAGUCGGAACCCUAAGAAAGGUGUCAGACGCAGGACAAUCUCCUUACGGGCACCAACAGCAGAACUGAAAGCAGUAUGGCAAAACCUUAUACAAAGACAAAUAAUUUAUCUCAAUACUGCUCGUGGAGGAACUCCUGCAAGUAGUCCACUUGAUUCACCAGACCAGCCAACAACAUUGUCAGUGGCAACGUUGGAUUCUAUUUCUCUACGCCGGCAGACUCCUCAAAUGCAAGAAGCCAAAUCUAUGAAAUCCCUGAACAAUUCUCAACGCCAUCUUGAUGAAUUAAUUGAACAUAAGUGUCGACAAUUAGGAAAAUCAGGGGCUAGCAAAGGAAGUGCAUUACAUCUAGCUCAGUGGAUGCGUGGGCAGUUGGGGGGUUCAACAGGACCUCUCACUCCUGAUGAAGAACCAGAGCCUGAGGUUUGGUCACCAGAAACUCUGAGAAGGCGCAGUGAACAACUUCAAAUUUUAGGUGUAGGGACUCUAAUGCCCAAUCGCAAUGAAAGCCGUUGUGAAGAGAUAGAACUUUCUGACACUGAAAGAAGUAACUCUAGAAGCACAGAACGCAGUCGAUCUCACAGUACAUCAGAUAGCCAGGUUACAGUGCGUUCAGGAGGGCCAGAGCAACCGAUAGCUGUUUGUCGCAAAUGUCACAAGACUUGUUUGGCAAACAACACCCUUUCACCUCAAACCAGUAAUCCUACUGAUAAUGACAUGAAUACUCUGGAAGAUGAUGAUAAUGAUUUAGAUGAUAAAUGGGGACCUUUAAUGUUGAUGGGUUUGUCAGCCCUCAGCACAACUGUGGGGCUUGGGAGGCAUCUCUCUUCAGAUCCUUUUUCUCCAACAGAAGUUCCGAUGAUCUCCGUCCUGCCUCCAACUCCUGAUACAAUGCCUCGCAGCUCAAGUUUUCAAUGGGAUGACACUGAUGUAUCUACAAAUGUACCUACAGGAUCAGGAUGCAGUCCUCCAGUUGAUACCGUUUUUCCAACAAUACCAGAACAAACUACCCUGCGAGAUGAAGAUGAAGAAAGUUGUGAUAAUGAGGAUCAAGAGCCUCCUUACAAAUCACUUACUUCUGCAUCUGGACUGAAACGAUUUGGAACACUUGCAAGCCUAGAAAUGCUAGAAGGAGAGGAAGAACAAGCAGCUGAAGAUUCCUCAAAUUCAGAUGAAGGUGAUGAAUGGGAUUCAGACACUGAGGACAAACCCAAUGAAUCCCCGGAGGAGCAAAGAGAUGCUCCACCACAACUUGAAGCAGUUACACAGAGUCUUAGAGGCUGGACAGCACGGGCUGGAUCAUUUGUUGCUGAGAAAAUGGCUCUUUUUGAAAGGCUUGGUGAAGAUUCCCGAGCAGCAGCCUUUCUAGACAGCAACAGGAAUCCCCUGCCGUCUCCCCAACAUCAGCCUGUGCAGGAGACGAGGAAACAGAGCUCAUGAUGGAUGAAUUGCUGGCGACGCCCCCACUCACCACAACAACACGCGGAUUCCCACCUCGUAGACGCCUUGAGCCCCUCCUUGAAGAAGAAGACACUGACAUCUCUCCAAGCUCCACGCCUGUGGAGCAAGAAGAGACGCCAUCACCAGAACAGCGGGGUUGGAGGUGCUGCUGACAUCAGCGCUGUGUCAUCUUCCGUGCCAACCAAUCGCCAGUCUCCAGGGUUUUUCAAUCGUCUGCGUCUAUGCAAGAAUCAGGGUGACCCUCACAAAACCAAAGGAAAUAAGUUACUGGGCUUCCUCAGUAAUAAGAAAUCUGAAGAGGAUGGAAGCGGAGUUAUUGGGAGCAAGGCAUUAUUUCGUAUUUUUGGGCGUCAUCAUGUUGAUGAUAUUCCCACAAGUCUACCUCCACAGCUGACUCCACGUCGAACAAAUGAAAGACAAUUGGAUAAGAGAUUUUGGAGGCAGCUGAGAAGAAGAAGGGGUGAGGGCAAUAUAUCAUCGCCAGCACAAAUACCAGCAUAAAACUGCAGAUUUCUUCUGUACCAUUUUUACCGUUCUUUGAGACUACAGUUGCUCAACCAUAGGUGCAAAACUGACACAAACUUGAAAAAUAAACCAUAACUAGUGCUAAGCAUCUAAGGCAGGAUUCAUGGAGUGGAAGAAACAAGACACCUCAAGGGGAUUGUAUGUGUGAUGGCAUCAGUAAGACUAUCAGCUUUGUAAUUCAUAUUCCUUUAGGUUUUUAUUUCAUGUGUUCCUAAUGUGCAUAAUAAUAAAAAACAGUAAUGAUUAUCAAAGAAGAUAGAAAAAAUUAUUACACUAAGCUUGUUAAUAAGGUCUAGGUGGGAAAUAAAAUUUACUGCAUUUGUACAUUACUAUGUUAAUAAUUUCUACUGCAAUAUGAAAACCAUGAUCUGCACUUCUGAGAUAGAAUUACAGUUUUACUCAGAUUUUAAGAAAACUCAAAGAGCACUAUCAGGUACUUAGCUCAGAUGAAAACAGUGACCAUCUCAUGACUGCUGUGAAUUUUUCCUAUAUUGUUAAUUGUGUCUUUCCUCUGCUACGCUAAGUAGGUAUACAUCUAUGUUUAAUCAUAUCAAUCUAGUGUUUUGUUUUUCUAUUUUUGAGUCAUUCAUAAAAGUGGUAACUUCCUAAUAGACACUAUUUAUAUUAAGAAUAAUGGUUUAAAAUCAUAAAGACUUUUUAUACUAAGUGUGUAAAACUUUAUUUCAAGGUCAAAUUUCCUUCAAGUGUUCAGGUUAAAGAAGUAAACCAAAAAAAUAUCUCCUUUUUAGCAUGCAUAUAAUUUUGGAUUUUCCAAAUAAAAUAUUAAACCUCAGUAGUUUAUGGUUAAGGGCCUACACCUUAAGAGGGACUGGUGGAACAAAAUAUUUAAUUUGACAUGAAGACCUUAAAUUUUUCCAAAUAUUUCUGUUUGUGAAAAAUUCCUCGGGAUCAAAAAUCUAUUGCACUUCUCUCGAAUAUAACUAUUUAUAAAAUAUUUUCCAAAUGAUUCUCUUAACUUACACAUUUUUAUUUUUUGCCACAGUUUUGAAUGAAGUGGCACGCUGAAGUUAAGUCAAUAAGUUAUUGUUAAGAUGAAAUUUCCCAGUGCCAAAACAUUUUACAGGGUGCAAAAUAUUGUGCUAUUAAAGGAACAACGAUUCUUGUACCUUAGAAUUAGUCCACAUGCAUCACUCCAUGUCAUUUUAGAACAGUGCAUUUUACACUGUGAAAGUAUUGUUUCUUGUUAUAAUUCAUGUACAUAAAUGUAGGAAA